AUGAGGCCGUCGUUAUGUCGCGGGGGCGGGAUCUGGAUCUUGCUCGCCGUGUUGGUGGUGGUUCAGCCAGGGGCGCAUGGAUUCUACCUGCCGGGGAGCUAUCCGCACAAGUAUUUGGUCGGGGAUACGCUGUCUGUCAAGGUGAACUCGCUCACCUCCGUGGAAACGGAGAUACCAUUCGGCUAUUACAGCCUCCCCUUCUGCCAGCCUGAGAAGAUCCGCGACAGCGCCGAGAACCUUGGUGAGAUCCUCAUGGGCGAUCGUAUCGAGAACUCCCCCUACACCUUUCGCAUGUACACCAACGAAUCCGAGAUCUUCGUGUGCCAGACCGCUCCCCUCUCCUCCGAUGACUUCGCCCUCCUUAGUAAGCGCAUUGAUGAGAUGUACCAGGUCAAUUUCAUCCUCGACAACCUUCCAGCCAUCCGCUACACCCGCAAGGAUGACUAUACCCUCCACUGGACUGGUUUCCCUGUUGGUGUACGCUUUAAGGAUGCCCUGUACAUUUUCAACCACCUCAAGUUCAGGGUGUUGGUGAACAAGUACGAGGAUCCCAACGUCAGCCGCGUUAUGGGCACCGGAGACGCCGCUGAGUUGAUCCCCGCUGUGGCCACGUCCGGCGGUGCGCCAGGUUACAUGGUCGUCGGCUUCGAAGUAGUACCUUGCAGCUUUCAGCACGAUCCUGAGGUCGUCAAGGGCCUGAAUAAGCACAGCAAGUACCCAUCGAAGAUCCAGUGCGAGCCGAACAUGGUGUCCAAGGUUGUCAAGGAGAACGAACCUCUCGUGUUCUCAUAUGAAGUGGAGUUCGUGGAGAGAGACAUCAAGUGGCCCUCGAGAUGGGACGCAUACCUUAAGAUGGAGGGCGCAAAGGUUCACUGGUUCUCCAUCCUCAAUUCCCUCAUGGUGAUCGCAUUCCUCGCAGGGAUCGUACUUGUGAUCUUCUUGCGCACGGUUAGGCGGGACCUGACACGGUACGAGGAACUCGAUAAAGAGGCCCAGGCACAAAUGAACGAAGAGCUCUCGGGGUGGAAGCUGGUGGUCGGGGAUGUCUUCAGGGCCCCGAGCAACCCCACACUGCUGUGCAUCAUGGUUGGAGACGGCACCCAGAUUCUGGGGAUGGCUGUCGUGACCAUCUUAUUUGCAGCACUCGGAUUCAUGUCCCCCGCCUCAAGAGGGACGCUCGUCACUGGCAUGCUCUUCUUCUACCUGGUUCUGGGGAUCGCGGCCGGUUAUGUUGCCAUUAGGCUAUGGAAGACACUUAGGGUCGGCGAUCCUUCUGGAUGGAUCUCUGUCUCCUGGCGGGUGGCUUGCUUCUUCCCUGGUAUCUCGUUCCUCAUCCUAACCACUCUAAAUUUCCUCUUGUGGGGUAGCAACAGCACCGGGGCCAUCCCCAUUUCUCUCUUCAUCGUUCUGCUCUUGCUCUGGUUCUGCAUUUCUGUGCCUCUCACCCUCGUCGGUGGAUACUUCGGUGCGAAGGCUGCCCACAUCGAGUACCCCGUGCGAACUAACCAGAUCCCCCGGGAGGUCCCCCCUCAGAAGUAUCCCUCGUGGCUGUUGGUCGUCGGAGCCGGGACUCUCCCCUUCGGUACCCUCUUCAUUGAGCUCUUCUUCAUCAUGUCCAGCAUAUGGAUGGGCCGCGUCUACUACGUCUUUGGGUUUUUAUUCGUCGUCUUGAUCCUCCUCGUCGUGGUCUGCGCCGAGGUGUCCCUCGUCCUCACCUACAUGCACCUCUGCGUGGAGGACUGGAGGUGGUGGUGGAAAUCCUUCUUCUCAUCCGGGUCCGCCGCCAUCUACAUCUUCCUCUACUCCAUCAACUACCUCGUGUUUGAUCUCAAGAACCUCAGCGGGCCCGUCUCCGCGACUCUAUACCUCGGUUACUCGCUGCUCAUGGUGGUCGCGAUCAUGCUCGUCACCGGCACUGUCGGCUUCCUGUCCUCCUUUUGGUUCGUCCACUUCCUCUUCUCGUCGGUGAAGCUCGACUGA